AUGUCUAGCUUUUCUUUAAACAAAAAUAUUUUUGAAGAAACUCAUACAGAAAAUACUCAAUUGCAAACAGAUCUUUCAAAUUUGCAAUUUCAAUUUUUAGUUCUUAAAAAUAAUAAUUUAUCUUCAUCUGAAAAUUUAGAAAAUUUAGAAUCUAUAGAAAAUCCUCUUUUAGAUAAUGAGAUUUGGACUGAACUUGAGCUUUUUAAGUUCAAAAUAUUAUAUUACAAAACAAUAGAUUCAUUUGAAAAACAAGAUAAUGAUAAUCAAGAAUUAGAAGAUGAAAUAAAUUUAUUGCAAAAUAAUGAAUUUAAGGAAUCUUUUAACAAAGAACCUUUCUAA